AUGCCAAAGGAAGAAGAGGAUUUCUAUUUCAGUGAAUCGGCUCCGUUAAACAAACAGCCAAUUCCUCUCACAAAUCUUGAUUUUGUGUCAGUAUUGCAUUAUUCGACCCUUGAAAAUUUUCAAAGUUAUAGAUAUGUCAUCGAUCCCACUGACCCUGAGGUAGAUGUUUCCAAGGUUACAGCACCUAAAUUUCUUCCCACAGUUCCAGAAGCGAUAGUUCACCUUAAGUUAUUGAAAGCAUUUGAAGUAUUGAAGAAGAAGAUUGUAGGAGAUACCAAUAUUACUGUCCUAAAUGAAUACUCCGUGAAACAAUGGCAAACAUAUGUGACUAAUGCUGCUAGGAGAUUCAUCAUGUUCUUGACAGCCUUAAAAACGAUAGAUGUUGGGGAUUAUGGAAAUGAAGAAAAGGAAGUAUUUGAUCAUGGAACAUCUAAACAUGAAAAAUUCAUUCUAACAGUGGAUAGUCUAAUGCCACCGUUGGAUGUAGUCAUGGUAUGGCAUGCAUUUUUAUUAAACCCAAAAUCUUUCUAUGAUAUCUCAGUCAAGAAUAAGAUAUUUCAUAUUGCCAAUAUCCCUUUACCAUUACACAAGUUGGAUCAGUUUAUUGAUGACAAGACUUUUGAGUUUAAUGUGCCAGAAGAAUACCAAAUGAAUUAUAAAAGGGUAUUAGAAAAAGUCACCACGGAUCCAAACGAUUUGGUAUUUGAUAAUUCAAAGGCAUCCAUGUAUGAACACUUAGUCACGUUAUAUUGUCCAAUGUGUAAAGAACCAAUGACUGAACCACUACCAAUUGCAAAUGACUCAAACACAGGAUUUGCUGAUAAAGAUUUUGAAGCAGUCAAUAUUGGACAUAACAACUCAAAGUGUUACCACAAAACCCCAGAGAAAUGGACACACGAUGAAUUGCGGAAAUUACAAUUGAAACAUGAUAUUACCGAUUUCACACCAUUACAGGGUACAUUCAAAUAUUUCACUCAUGUUGUUUGCAAUCCAAGAUUCAAGAAUAGAAAAGCAUUAUUGAUUAGUUUUGAUGUUGCUCGUGCAGUGGAAGAAAGUUGGGAUGAUACUAAAGAUCUUGGUGAACUUUUGAAAUCAGUCAAAGCCAAGCAUCUUCGACAGUUGACACGACAAAGAGUAUUGUUGAGAAAUUAUCUACAAUUUAAUUUAAUCAGUAUGACUAUUCAAGGUGGUAUUGAAAUUGGAGAGGAUUUAGUUGGUUGUGUUUUACGUCAGGAACGAUUUGUUGAAAAGAUGAAUAAAAUAGAUUGGCUACAUUCACUGGUAAUUUACAAAAGUUUAGCCGAGUCUGCUUUAAGAUAUACACGAUUCUUUGAAAUGAUAACCGAUCCAACCAUUAAACUGAUAUUAGUUCCAACUUUGGAUAUUGAUUUAAUGUGGCAUACUCAUCAGCUUUGUAUGUAUGGUUAUUUUCGUGAUUGUCGUACUUCAGCUAUUCAUACAGUUAUCGAUCAUGACGAUAAAAUAGAGGAAGGACGCUUGGAUGACGGAUUCUCAACUACUUCUAAGAUUUACAAAGAAAGAUACAAGGAAAACUACUCAAUUUGUUUCUGUUUGUAUUGUACAUCCAAGAGAACCGACAGUUUAACCAAAAUUACUAAAUUUUUCAAAACAAAGAAGAAAAACAGACAAGAAGAACAAAUGCUUCGAUCGCAUCCAUUAUAUGACGGUCAAUUAUCCCAUGUUAGUGCUCAUAAUUCCAUCAUGUUACCAACAGAAGCAGCUAAAUCAAGAAGAGAAAAGAGACCAGUUGUUUGGUCAGACAACACAUACAUGAUGUAUUCUUACCCAUUUAUAUUUGUUGUCCCUCCAGUGGCUCCUAUUUCAAAUACUCAUUUUUAUGGUAAUGGAUUAUGUAGUUCUGUUACUACCCUGUGUGCAAGUGUAGCUGGUACUUGUUGUAAUAUGGGAACUUGUUCUUCCAAUGGCGGUGCUACUUGUGUGGGAACAAAUUUGACGAUUGGUUCCUGUGGUAAUGCAACGAAUGGGGGAACUGUUUUUGAAAUUGGUGGUGUUUGUGGUGCUAACAACUCUAAUUGUGCUGGUACUAGCGGUGGCUGUUCCAGUAGUAAUACUAACUUUUAA